AUGAAAGCAACAUCAGGUCUUUUGGUUCUAAUCGAUCGGCUUGGAAAAGUAUUUGCGCCUGUAAAACAUGAUAUGCAAGGAAAUAUUGAUAAAAUUAAAAAGCAUUACAGAUGUGAAGAAGACGCUUGUUUGCUUCAAUUAAUGCUUGAAGAGGUCCAAAAAGGAAAACCUAUUGCAGCAGAAGGGGUGCUAUGGCUUAACAGAGCUUUACUAUUCUUUGAGCUAACAUUUCAAGAAAUGUUGUUAUGCUUGAAGGCAAAACAGUAUGAUGUGAACAUGAAAAACAUCUUUACUGCAGCUUACAAAGGUUCUGUUAAACAAUAUCAUAACUGGAUAACACAACAACUAUUUCAUACCAUCUGUAAAAUGUCACCAACAAUGCCACAAAUCUUAAAUUCUUUCAAUGUUGAUCACCGAGUUGAGGAAUUUGAAAAAAGAUUAUCUAAUUUUAAUAAAACUUUGCAUGUAAAUAAGAUACUGACCGUAGAAAUUUGGGGUGCUGGGAACUGCUAU